AUGCUCUUGUCAUGGCUAACAGGACUAGGGGCUGGAAUGGUCUUCCUGAGCUUCAUGCAGAAACUCCUGUACCCUUACUUCUGGGACGACUUCUGGUACCUGCUGAAGGUGUUACGCUGUGGAUUUCAGAUGGAGAUGUACAGACUGAAAGGGGAGCUGGUCACUGUCCUGGAUAAAUUCCUGAUGCAUGCCAAGAAGCAGCCUCAGAAACCUUUCAUCAUCUAUGAGGGAGACAUCUACACCUAUCAGGAUGUGGACAAGAGGAGUAGUAGAGUGGCCCACGUCUUCCUGAACCAUUCCACGCUGAAAAGGGGCGAUACUGUGGCUCUGCUGAUGAGCAAUGAGCCCGAUUUCAUUCACGUGUGGUUCGGCCUCGCCAAGCUGGGCUGCGUGGUGGCCUUCCUCAACUCCAACAUUCGCUAUGUCUCCCUCCUGCAUUGCAUCCGCAGCUGUGAGCCCAGGGCCCUCGUGGUGGGUGCAGAUUUGCUUGAAACUAUAGAAGAGAUCCUUCCGAGCCUCCCAGGAGAUAUCAGUGUUUGGGCAAUGAAAGAAUCUGUUCCACAAGGCAUAAUUUCACUCAAAGAAAAACUGAGCACAGCAUCUGACAGUCAGGUGCCACACAGCCACCAUGUUGCCUCAAACCUCAAGGCUCCUUAUCUUUAUAUUUUCACUUCUGGAACAACAGGUCUCCCAAAAGCAGCUGUGAUUUGUCAGCUGCAGGCUAUGAAGAGUUCUGCUGGAUUAUGGGCUUUUGGUUGUACUUCCAAUGACAUCAUUUAUAUAACCCUUCCUCUGUAUCAUAGUGCAGGAUCUCUCCUGGGAAUUGGUGGAUGUAUUGAGUUAGGUGCUACUUGUGUGUUAAAGAAGAAAUUUUCAGCAAGCCAAUUUUGGAACGACUGCAAAAAGUAUAAUGUGACUGUGUUUCAGUACAUUGGAGAACUUUGUCGCUACCUUUGUAAACAACCUAAGAGAGAAGGAGAAAAGGAUCAUCGGGUACGUUUGGCAGUUGGAAAUGGCAUACGGAGUGACGUAUGGAGAGAAUUUUUAGACAGAUUUGGAAAUAUUAAGAUGUGUGAGCUUUAUGGAGCUACUGAAGGAAACAUUUGUUUCAUGAAUCACACUGGGAAAAUUGGAUCAGUUGGGAGAACGAAUUUCCUUCACAAACUUUUUUUUACUUUUCACUUGAUAAAGUAUGAUUUUCAGAAAGAUGAACCCAUUAGAAAUGAACAGGGCUGGUGUAGUCACGUGAGAAAAGGGGAACCUGGACUUCUCAUUUCUCCAGUGAAUGCAAAGAAUCCCUUCUUUGGCUAUGCUGGAAAUAGGAAGCAAACAGAAAAGAAAUUGCUUUGUGAUGUUUUUAAGAUGGGAGAUGUUUACUUUAACACUGGAGAUUUAAUGGUCCAAGACCAGGAGAAUUUUCUUUAUUUUUGGGACCGUAUUGGAGACACUUUCAGAUGGAAAGGGGAAAAUAUUGCAACCACAGAGGUUGCUGAUAUUGUUGGAAUGUUGGAUUUCAUACAGGACACAAAUGUCUAUGGUGUGGCUGUACCAGGCUCCGGACGCGCAGGAAUGGCUUCUAUAACUUUAAAACCAAAUACGUCUUUAGACUUGGAAAAAGUUUAUGAACAAGUUGUAACAUUUUUACCGGCUUAUGCCUGCCCACAAUUUUUAAGAAUUCAGGAAAAGAUGGAAACAACAGGAACAUUCAAAUUACAGAAAUUUCGGUUGGUGGAAGAAGGAUUUAGUCCAUUGAAAAUUUCUGAUCCACUUUACUUCAUGGAUAAGUUGAAAAAAUCAUACAUUCCAUUGACCAAAGAAAUUUAUGAUCAGAUAAUAUUAGGGAAGAUUAAACUUUAA